CGCUCUUUGGUGAGUUAGAAUCUAUUCUGAUCUUUGUGGGUCAUGUAAUUAGAACACUUUUUGUAGCUGGCAAACUCUCCUCAUUUUCACUGACUUCCCUGCAAGAACGGUGUGAUUUGAAGGUCAGGUUUUCUGCAGACCCCCUUGUGCUAGAAGGAAAUUCUGCGUGCCACUGCAAAGUAAGACUGGAAUUCUUCAGUGUUUACCAGCACAGGGAAGAAUUUAUUUUCCAAGAUCCUUGUGAGAUAUUAAUAAGAAGAAAGCAGUCACUAGUACGUUGGGCCAACAAAUGUCUGUGCUUCUUACCAAAGAAACUUUGGAACUCCGCUUUCUCACUUAAAAACAGCUGGUAUGAAGAGGACUAUAUAUUGAAUGCAGAGGAGGGCCUAGAGGAGGUGGGGACCCGGCCGGGUGUCCCUGAGCAGGAUCCGGACGCGCCCGAGCCGAGCAUGCCCGAGCCGGUGCCACUCAGCGCGGACAAGAGAGCAGCGGAGAAGAAGCGUGCGGAGAAGGUGGGAGCAAAAGGCAGCACCGCGGUGCCUGCAGUCCCCAAGAGCCUCCCUGUGAAGACGAAGGUGGAGCCCCACAGCCUGGACCCCGCGGAGCAGCCGCUCAUCUGGGAAGGGCUCACCCUCAACAAGUGCAUCCUGGUGGCCUCCAUCGUCGCCCUGCUCAGCGUCAGCUUCCAGGUGCUCCAAGCGCCGCCGUGCUCCAGGGACGGUGUCAGCAGCAGCAGGCAGGAGCCUCCAGCACCUCCCAUCCCCGAGGUCACCGUCACCAAGGAGGAGGCCCCAGAAGUGGAGGCUCCCCAGCCCGUCCAGCCUGAAAGCAGCAUGCUGGAGGACGACGACAGCGAUGACGACGGUGAUGAUGACGACAACAACGAUGCUGACAGCAACCUGGCCGAGCCCUGGAUCUUCAAGAAGUGGUUUGGCCGCUCGGAGCCAAAGGAUGAGGAGGAAGAGCCUGCAGAGGAACCUGAGGAGACACCAGCUAAGGUGGAGGUGAGGAAGGGACGGGAAAAGCCCCGAGCCCUGGAGAAGAAGGAGGAGAAGGCCAAGGACAGCCGCACAGCCCCAGCAGACAGAAGCGGCCGGCAGGAUCCGCGCCCCAAGGACAGGACCACUGAGGACAAGCCCAUCAGAGCCCCCAGGGCACCCAAGGAGCCGGAGCAGCAGCCGCACAAGAAGCGGGGCCGGGAGGGGAAGGAGAGCCGGCGGGAGCGGGACGAGCCCCGGAGGGACGGAGGCAAGAGCCGCCCCAGCAGGGCCGAGCGCCAGGAGGGCACCCGACGAGACUGGCGGCAGCCACGGGGCGAGCAGAGGGGCAAGAAGCCCUGGGAGCAGGUGGGGAAGGACGGCACGGACAGGCCCCGGGAGGGCAGGCGGCGCGACUGAGGCUGGGACAAGAGGGGCUCGGUGGCGCUGCCCCAGGGGGACCCGAUCCUGCCACCACCCCCUGGCAAGGGCUGCGGAUACACGGACUCUGUCUGUCUGCCAAGCCCCUGUGGUCACAGCCCUGCUGUGGCUGGAGAGGAGCCGGGGGGCUGGUGCGGUCAGAGCGUGGUUUGGGGACAUCGGGGUCCCGCUGUGCCACCCGCCCAUGCCAUCUGGCCAAGCACGAGCCUUUGUGAGGACUUUGGGUCCCCUUGGAUGAGCUGCACAAAGGCAACCCAAAAAGGAGCAGGGAAACGAGCUCCCCUCCACCUGGGCUUCGUGCCCUCGCUUCAUCCCCAGCAGACAGCGCUCCUGCAGCUCGCCUGUGCUCCACGCUGCAACUGCGGCACCUGCAGCGAGGGCACAGGGCAGCCGGCACAGCGAUCCCAGCGAACAGAGGGUGUCUCCAGACCACUUAGCUCUUGAAUUCAGUUACUGGUUUUAUUGAAAGCAAAUCAAAGAGAGAAGUGUGUUCUGGGUUAAAGAAGCCAGGCUGCUGCCAGCCUUGGAGGGACAACAGGGAACGGACACCCGGCCCCGCUGCACAGAGGCGCGAAGCUUGCCCGGAGCAAAACCCUGCUGGCAGCGCCAUCGCCGGGGCUCCCCUUGAACCUGCCUUCCCAGAGUCGCUUUUAGGAACAAAGCACAAGUGCAAUAUCAUGCAGCGCUGUAGCAACUACAGGAGACGUUCACAGCCCCAAACCACAGUGGGUUUGAGUAUUUGCUAAACCAAUAGAGGUUAAAAUAAACUAUUUUCAUUUUUAAUAAGGUAUUAAAUUGAAUGUUAAAAAAGAAAAAAAUAUCAGUCCUGGAUAUGCUUGUGUUUUUUCAAAAGGAGAAGGAGAAAAAACAGCCCUGGGGCUGGGCCCAGGGGCUCACCCAGGUCCCCACUGGUGCCAGGAGGCACCCACCAGCCCCUGGUUGGUGCGGGGACACUGCAGACCAGAGCCAUCCCCUACCCUGGGGGUGAGCCCAAGCACUGCUUUUUGGGGGGCUCGGGCCCCACAGCAGCCCCCCAGUGCAUCCCACAGGGCACCAGGCUCAGCUGCAAGAUGACCCGGGGGGGCUGGACUCCAUGCGCCGCCACCAGUGAGGGCACGUGGCAGGUGCUUGGGCAGCCGCAGGGCAGGGGACGCGCUGCCAAGGGGCAGCUGCGGUUUGCACCCACUAAGGGCAGGACAUGUAAUGGGAUCGUCCCCACCCCAGAGCUUUCCCCUCCCUCUGCCAUGCCCCAGGCAGCAGUGACAGCAGGGGCAUGAUGCCAGGGUCACCCAGCAGGGACCCCCACACUGUGGCUGUUGCCACAUCUGGAGAUGGGUCCCCGGGGAAAGGCAGAGCUGAAGCUGGUGGGUAUUGCUGCUUGUUUUGCCCCUGAGAGCACAGGGAGGGAUGCAGGUCAGUGGUGGGCAGGGGCUGGCUCAGAACAGCCAGGGGAGGCUGCAGGGGGGCUGAGGGGCAGCAGCCACGGCAGCAGUGGAUAAAUAGAUGCGGCCCCAACUGGACCAGGCUUGUCCUGCCUGUGAUGCCCUGCAUGUCCCGUACCCAGCCCAAACCCCGCUGAGGGUCAGAACCAGACCGCAGUCCGAGCCUCUGGGCACCUCGGACAACCCCAGCCUCCACAGAUGGAGCAGGGAAGCACCAGGAGGCCGGCAGCCCUCCAAGGAGCAGCACGGCUGCAAACCCAGAA